UUCGGCGUGCAUGAAACACAUCAAGCGCGUCGAGCUGGGACGAGCGCAAAGUUUUCACUGGAUGAUUUCGACCCUCAUUACUUGUACUGUAUGUCAAAACGACGCUUUUUUUAUUUCGCUCGGGAGCAGUUGCGAACUAACCGGUUUGAAGCGUUGAACUGAAGUCAUAAAAAUAGCGCCUUUGCUGUCGGCGAAGCUCCUCAGGUGGUUUUCUCCUCCAGCGGGACAAGAAGACGCAGCCAAAGUUGCUGAUUUCGUCAAUUCGGCGCAGGUCUGCAAACAAAUGUACAUUUGAGCCAUAUUAGUUCCGCUUUCCGUGUGGUUUGUGUAUUUUAAAACACUUCAUUACCAAUUCUCAAAAAGGACAACCGGGCCAACUCAACAGGUCCAGGAUGGAGCAUGAAGCAGAGAAGUACCAGCAGCGACUGCAGGCUAUAGCGGAGAAACGGCGGGUACAGGAGGAACAAGAGCGAGCCAGAAGAGAGAUGGAGGACGAGAGACUGAGACUACAGCAGCUUAAGAGAAAGUCCCUGCGAGACCAGUGGCUGAUGGAAGGACCUCCAACAUCUCCUGACAGUGCAGGACCCCGAUCUCCCCUCUGGGGCUCCAAAGCUCAGGAGAUUGAGACACACAUUACCAAAUUACAGGCGACAUCUGAGCAUUUGGCAGAGGAAGAAGUCAAACUGAAGAAGCUGAUAGACGGCACUUCUGCUCAAUCUGGCACAGACGCGCAAACACACCAUAAGGAGGAGCCGCUGCUGGAGUGUGUGGAAACAGCAGUUGCUGAGACGACACCUAAUGGACCCAUUGUGGAGAAUGGAAAAGAGGAAAAGCAAGAUGAUUCUGUGCAUGCUGUGAAUCACGAGGAACACACGGACGCAAAGACAGAAACAGACACUGAAACAUCUUCAGCCGUUACUAAUGGAAAUGUGGAAGUCAACUCUUUUGUUAACGGCUUCUCCAGUCAUCCCUCUGAAGGAAUAGGAGCUGCCGGCGUAACCAUGACCUUCCUUGGGUUCAAAGAAGCAGAGCCCGGACAGGGAGUAGAUGAGGAUGAUGAUGGAGGAGCCAUAAUCCGAGCAGAAAGAGUCAUCAUCACUGAUGAAGGGGAGGAAAUCCCAGAGGAAGAACUGACAGGUGAUAAAAACCAAGACGGAAGCACCGAAUCAAUGGCUUCAAAAGUAGAAACCGAAGACGAACUGGAGAAAGCUGAAGAUAUGUCCGCUGAAGAGAUUGUUUUGGAUGUGGAAGGUGAAAAGGAGCAGGAAUCGAUUGAUACGCAACUCGAAAAUAUAACCUUAGAUACCUCUGCUGAUUUGAAUGAGGAAGGUGAAACCGAAAAGGAGCAUGAAUCUGCUGAUACACAAGUGCAAAGCGUAGAUACAGAGGCUAUGCAGGUUUCAGUGAAUUUCACAACACAACCGUCUCCAGUAACCAAACCAAAAGUGGAAAUAAACGCAACAGAAUCAAAAAUCGAAGAAGCUCUAGCCUCCACACGAAUCUCCAUCAGCCAGUUCCAAGAAGUUCCUCUGGAUGAGUCCAAUGUAGGAACCGAAAAACAGCAGGUCGAACAAGAGCCUCUGCUGAUCUCCAAAACAGCGGCCCAGCUGGACACCAGCCUCCCGAACCGAGCAGAGGAAACAGGAGGACCAAAGCGAAAAACCUGCCAGUGCUGUUCCAUCAUGUGAACGAUCUGCUGAAGGUUGUUUGCUUCAUGCCUGUUACUUCGUAUCAAGACAUUCUGAUCCUCAGCUGUUUCAAUGCUACUUUAAAGCGGCGUCAGAGUGUUUAUAAUGUACUGACGCAUCCCAGACUCACUUUGCCCUUAGUGUGUUGAAAUAUGAUUUAUAAGAAGAUGCACACUGCCUUGCUGGAAAGGACUGGAACGUGUGUUUGUUGUUGGAUAAUGUGUUUCAUUUCCCAGCCUCUGGUGUCUGAUUAAGAUGCUGUUUUUAUGCUUGGCGACUCUUGAGUGUUUGGCUGACGACCCACAGAGGCCUUGACGGUUUUAACACUAGCAUAUCAAAAUAUUUUGUUUUUAUAAAUGCCGUGGGAUUCAACCCACGGGGGUAAUUAAUAGGUCCUACAAUAGUUGUGGGGUACUCUGUUAUAAACCACUUGUGUGCCUUGAUUAUGAAUCAAAACAAAGAGAUGGAAUGGUUGCCUGUGAUUUUAUAAGUGUUGAUUUUUUUUGUUUUGUAUUGCUGAUUGAGUUGAGUUUUGAUUGCUUUUAUUGCUGUUACAGUGCCUCCAACUGCCUGACAGAAGUGUAUUUAAACUUUAUAGGCAUAGUUCACUUAGAAAUUUAAAAAACUUCAUAUUUUGAUGAAAAGCAAAGGGGUUUAAAACUACUUAUGAAAAAAUAAAAUCUAUACAGAUUUAAAAAAACAGGACAAAAAAUUAAUCAAUCAAGAGAAAAAAAAUCAAGUAGUUUCACAGAUUUAUGUUUUUUUCAGGGAUGCACUGAUCCCGAUACUUGGAUCGGAUAUCUGUUACGUUACUGCAUAUUUUUGCUGGAUCGGCGAUCGACCAGCAGGUACCGAUCCAAAUCCGAUCUUGCAUGUGUGCUAUAUUCUGUGCAAUUUAUAAAAGCCAUGAAGGCAGCCUAGAAAUACAAUAUCUUAAAUGCUCUGAAGCCAUUCUAUAGUUUAAUGUGAAGUACAGACUAAUUUUCAGGUGGUUAAAUUCAUGUUCAGUUCAGCGCUUCCCACUGCCGCGCCUGUCAGUCAUUCUCCAUUCAUUCACAAUUUAAACUUAUGACAACUCCAAAAAAUUCUCCAAGACAAUUUGUUCCUGUUAUUAUAAGCAAUCAGUGGAGAAAUGCAUUUGGUUUUGCAUUAAAUGGUCUCAUUCUGACCUGAAACAAGGAGAUCAUUGCGGUUUCUAAAUCAUGUUGCUCUUUGUCUGUUAGACCAGCAGAUUGCAUUUGCAACACUGAGGGUUCUUACCUGCUCUUCACACACAAAGUAGGCCUACCUGAAAAUUUACACUAGAAAAGGCUCAAUAAUACAUUGGACAGAUCCUAAACGCACUGAUUUCUCCCCCUUGUGCUGCUGUUUUGAAAGUGUCAGCAGAUACCAGAGGGCUGCGCGCUGUGUCUCAGUAAUGCAUCAAACGCGUCAUUCAUGCACCGGCUGCGCAGACGCGAUGUGCACAUUCCGUAAGAUUAUUCUUUAAUAUUAAAAGUUUCUGUUCUCUCAUCCUUCUGAUUGAGUUUAUUCUUUAUACGUUCAGUGCUGUGAAUAGUUUGUAAAGCCUGGCUCAUUGUGGUCAAAGUAGCUAGUAAUAAAUGUGAAACUGACGGGCGCAAUAUGGAUUGUCAUUAACAGAAAAUAUUUUAUUUAACUUAGCCUAAUAUAGGCUAUUCUGAUACUAAAUAUUUCACUGUAAUUUUAUUUAUAUUAAUAUUUUAUUUAACAGACAAGUUUGUGUUUUCAUUAGGGUCAAUAGUGGUGACCUUUUAUAGAUUUUAAAGAAAAAUCUUAAUAUUAAUAAAAGAAACAACAGAUCAAUGUCAUAAUGAUUGCUUAAAUAAUGUAGCUUAGUUCACAACAAGCUUCAUGUUUUUUUAUCUUUGCCAUGAUGACAGAACAUAAUAUUUUACUUGAUAUUUUUCAAGACACUUCUAUGCAGCUUAAAGUGACAUUUAAAGGCUUAACUAGGUUAAUUAGGUGAACUAGGUAUGUUAGGGUAAUUAGGCAAGUUAUUGUAUAAUGAUGGUUUGUUCUGUAGACUAUCGAAAAAAAUUAGCUUAAAGGGGCUAAUAAUUGUGUCCCAAAAAUGUUUUUUUUUUAAAUUAUUAACUGUUUUUAUUCUAGCCAAAGUAAAACAAAUAAGACUUUUUCCAGAAGAAAAAAUAUUAUCAGACAUCCUGUAAAAAAUUCCUUACUCUGUUAAAAAUCAUUUAAGAAAUAUUUAAAAAAGAAGAAAAAAA